AGUGCUAAAAUUGCGAACACAACACAAAAUUACUAACGUUUGCUUUUUAACGGAACAAGUUCGAAGUCUGUGGGGUCAAAGUUCACAAAGAAAAGAAAACAUGCCAGGUGAAGAAAGAUUGUCUACUAAAAACCCUCUUGCAAGGAGGUUCAACUUGCAAGUGAAAAUGAAUCCUGAGAAAACCAGGGCAGAAGUCAUUCUACCAGGUCUUUCCUACGAUGACUUUGACAGAACAGGAAAUGUUAGUCUAACUAAGCUACUAGCAAGAAUUUCUUCAACUCAAAUGCUGUUUGAGCUUGGCAAUGAGCACAGUGAUUUCUGGAUGCUAAUCAACUCAUCGCCAGCUCUGUUUUUUGUGAGGUCGAUGAAAUACAGGAUAAACGAGGAAUUGUAUUCCAUGAAAAAACAUGGUCCAGAUCAUACAUUUGUGUGUAUAUGGCAAGCUAUAUCCACUGGCAUUUCCUCCAGAUAUCUUCGAUAUGACCUCACUUUAAAUGGAAAGGAAAUGGUUACUCUAUUCGGCCAGGAUGUUUAUGUUUCUAAGGAAACCAAACGCCCCACCCGAUUGCCCGAGUGGUAUAGAAACAAGGUGAAAACAGCAAAUGGAACUGCGAAAAGGAAUAUGGCCCAGUUGAUUAGGCCCAUUCAAGCUUUCCAGUACAACAUGGUUGUGACUCCUUCAGAUAUUGAUAUGUAUAAUCACGUAACAAAUUCAGCAUAUAUUAGGUAUUGUCUUGAUGCUGGCUAUCAAGCAGGAAUAUCAGGAUUUUAUAGAAAUCUCCCCGGAGAUAUUGCCCAAUACCGCUGCAAGGAGAUUGAACAACUUUAUGAUGGGGAGAGUAACCUUGGGGAGGAACUAUGUGUUUAUACAUGGGACACUGAAGAAGAAAAGGAUACAUUGUAUUUCCAAAUAGCCAAUGAGAAAGGACGUCCAAUUCAUCAUUGCAUUUUAAGAUUUUAUCAAGGAAGAGCUUCAAGUAAACUCUGAAACAAACUAGGUCAGUUUCACUCCCUUUUCAAAUUAGUUCACAGUUACAAUGAGUGAUCAUGUGACUUUUAUGAUGAAUAUGGUCCCAAGAAAACAUGAAGUUAAAUGCAUU